AUGGAGGUCUUCCUGCGAAACGUCAACAUCACCCUCACCGAGGAGUCGCUCAAGAAGGAGCUCGCGCCCUUCAUCAACGUCCUUGGCAUCGCCGACUGGACCGUGGACAAGCCGAAGCGGAAGCCGUUUGCGUCCCUGUCGUUUCUCAACGCCCGCGAUGGCGAACGCUUCCUGGAACGGCACGGCAAGGUUCCAGCCCCGAAAUCAAAGCUGGACGAGGGAGCCCAGCCCCAUCCAAACGGACACACCCGCGAUAUCCCAAGGCUGUACAUUCUCACCACGCCAAUCUUUGCCGAGAAAAGCAAUCGCACCAUCAAUAAGUUGACCUUGAGUCAUCUCCGCCAUGAACGCGACGAGCGGCAGCGCGCCCCAAACGAUGGGCAUCGGGCACCUGCCAUCGUCUGUGCCGUGGGAGAAAUCGCCUGCGGCAAGAUGGUCUUUGCCGAUUCCACGGCCAACCUGACGUUUGCGCGGCAGACGUCCUUACGCCAGCCCGGUUUUGCCAAGUUUGGCCGUCAGUGUUUGAUGGUCACUCUGGAGAACAACACGCGCGUCGACGUACCAUACGAGAUUAUCCAAGAUCUCAUCGCAGACAACCGGCGGCAGACAAUCACGCUCGUCCUCGAAGAACCCCCCAGGUUCUACCAAAAGAUCCAAGGCGUGACGCUGAACCCCAUCCAAUUGUGGGAGCGUCAGACAACUGGGUCCUGGCAGGAUCAUUCCAAAUACGUCGCUCACUGCUUGGUCUACGAGCUUACGCUCACAAGCGAGUACUGGCCAACGGUCAUGAGCCUCAAAGCACAAGACAUCUUGCCAGUGAGCCAGCAAGGCAUCAUGGUCGAGAUGUCGCCAAAGCCAGUGGUCCAUGACUAUGUCACUGCCAUGUCGUCGUUUGAGGGCAGAAUGCAGAGCCUCGGAUCCGCGAGAGACGUCAAUCUGCCAUUCCCAUUGCUAUUUCUGGUGCAACAGCUCGUUUGGAACAAUUACCUCCAUCCAUUCCACGGACUUGGCGUGCUAGACAUCAUCGAGCGCACGGCAAAGGAUGCCAAGUGGAAGGGUAAGCUUCCAUUCACCACUGAAGCAAUGAAGCCGCUGUUUCAAAAGAUACCAUACCCAGUUCCUGGCACUGAGCCGUCAGAUAUUGAUCCUGCGCGAUUGAUGGCCGGUGUCAUCGACACAGAGCUUGAACUUCGCAGCCAAGACCCUUUGCGAUCUGGCGUCUACGGUUCACGCUUGCCGCGACACCAGACCUGGGUGUUCAAGGCCAUGGUGACACCGACUCGCAUUUUGCUUUCGGGCCCCGAUGCAGAGAGCAAGAACCGGGUGCUGCGCAUGUUUCCCAACCACGGAGACCAUUUCCUACGAAUCUUCCAGCGGUACCACGACAUUCUACGAGACGGGAUCCGUAUCGCUGGCAGGCAUUUCUCAUUCCUUGGCUUCUCCCACUCGUCGCUCCGAUCGCACUCGACGUGGUUCCUCGCCCCAUUCGUCGACGCCGAUUGGCAGCGCCAGGACCACGACACGAUACUCAAGACGCUGGGUGACUUCAGCAACAUUCGAGUCGCUGCGAAAUGCGCAGCUCGAAUUGGCCAAGCCUUCUCGGAAACUCCAUAUGCAGUGAACUUGUUCAAGUCCGACAUCAACAUCCGCUACAUUCCAGACGUCAAGUCGGCGGAUGGUACACGGGUCUUCAGCGACGGCGUUGGAACAAUCUCGUGGGAGGCGAUGGAGGAGGUCUGGGAUUCCCUUCCGAUGCGAUCCGCCGCGCCUACCUGCUUCCAAAUCCGCUUUGGCGGCUACAAGGGCAUGCUCGCGCUCGACUCAAGGCUGCGUGGCAGGGUAAUCUGCCUGCGCAAGGAGUCGAUGAUGAAGUUUCCCAGCCGCGACAUGACGGAGCUGGGCAUUUGCGAUGUGGCCUCGAGGCCAUUACGCCUGGUCCUCAACCGCCAAGUCAUCAAGAUCCUCGAGGAUAUGGGUACAAGCGACGACUGGUUCAUGACGCUGCAGAACAAGGCGCUUAACAUGCUUCGUGCCGUCACAGCCAGUGCGACCAAUACGGCCACCUUUUUGCGAUAUCAGGAUGUUGGGAGCGCGGUGGGCCUGCCAUCCUUUAUCAAGCAACUGGACAAGAUGAGCAUCGACUAUCGCCGGGACCGAUUUCUCAAGUCCGUCGUUGAGCAUGUGGUUCUUCGAGAGCUGCGGCUGUUGAAGCACAAGGCCCGCAUCCCUGUCGACAAAGGGGUGACCCUCUUCGGCAUCAUGGACGAGACGGGGUUUCUUGGAGAGAAUGAGGUCUACGUCACUUAUGACAAGACGUAUACCAGGAGCGGCGCCCGCAUGGAUCAGACACUGGAAGACGGCCCUGUCAUUGUCACUCGUUGCCCAGCAUUGCAUCCCGGUGACGUGCAGUGCGUCACGAUGGUGACACCUCCAGAAUCGCAUCCUUUGCGGAGCUUGCAAAACUGCGUCGUCUUCAGCCAGAGAGGCUCGCGCGAUCUCCCGAGCCAGCUCAGUGGCGGAGACCUCGAUGGAGACCUAUACAACGUUAUUUGGGACGCGAGGGCAGAGCCCAAGCGAACCUUUCCGCCGGCAGACUAUCCGAGGGUGACUCCCCCAGAGUUGGAUAGACAAGUCACGCGCGGCGACAUCGCCGAAUUCUUCAUCAACUUUAUGAAGUCGGAUAUUCUCGGGCUGAUCGCCAAUCGGCAUCAGAUCCUGGCAGACGUCGAGGACAAAGGCACCAACGACCUCAGCUGCAUCAAGCUGGCAGAGAUGCACUCGACCGCAGUUGAUUAUUCCAAGACUGGCAUUGCCGUAUCCCUCUUCGAUAUGCCCAAGGCACCCAGAUCGCGGCCUGAUUUUCUCGCGCCUGCGCCACCCGUCAAAGUAUAUGACCUUGGUGAGAUUAGCCACAUACUGGAUAACGUGGACGGUGACGACGACGGCGAAGACGGCAUGGGCCGAGUCCGGCACCGGUUCCACCGAUCUGAGAAGAUACUCGGACGGCUGUACCGCGAAGUCGAUGAAAAGAAGAUAUGGAACGAGCAUAUUCACAGGAAGAUUGCCAUGGAUGGCCCAUCCGUCUGGGACCAGCUGAUGGGACGAGUGCAAGCUGAAUUAUACUCGCGCGGGAUUAAAACGGCGUACCUUCAGUACUCGCACCAAGCUUGGAAGAUCCGCAAUCUAUACGAGGAUGCCAUGUCGGAAAACAUGUGGCACUUUUCGGACAAUCCACGAACAUGCAUUUCGGAAGCAGAAGUCUUUUGUGGCUCGGUUCUGAACAAGUCGGGGACGCAGACGCGGCAACAGCGAGAAGCAUCCAUUCGACUCAAGGACGAGACAGAUCGGGUGAUGACGUGGAUUGCCAAGUUGAUUCGCGACCCCAGCCGUGGCAAGGGCGCAGAAACGGCGAGCGACGACACGGUCGAUGACAGCGACGAAGAUGAUGGGUACGAGGCGAUUCAGCUGUCUUGGGCAUGCCUGGUCGUUGGCUGCAUCAAAGACGCCAGCGAGGCUCCCUCGUCUUACCGCGGUACUGGGGAGCUCGAGAGCUUUCGCGUCGUCGCGGCGACUUGCCUGCUCAAGGAACUGAAUUCUCUCAGUGCGGCAGGUGGCCUGGCCAGAGGGGCUAUAGCGAUGUCGGACCGGCAGGCAAUCUCCCGAGCCUUUGCCACAGAGGCUCUGACCGAGCCGUCGGCUGAGGACAAAGUUGCUAUUGACUUCUUGUUACAACAGCUCGGAGGGAUGGGUAUUGACUAG